AUGGCUAACCACCAAGCCCGCAUGUCCAUGUACUCGGUGGCUUCCGAUUCCAUGGGAGGUCCCCGAGGUGCUGGGCAACAAUCAACUCAAGUGUCGACAACUACGUUGCUGAACGGCAUCCAUAAUAUUUACCUGUCGUCCCAACCCUACCGAUUAGACGCUGGAACGAGUCUCGUCGUCAACACAUGGCUCACGGCAACCCAAGCGGGGCCAGACGGCAGGACGGGAGGGACUGUAGACCCUACCUUGGCAGCUAGAGCUUGGGAACAUGCUCGACGCCGGGCAGAAGAUGGUUGUAUCAUUCUAGGGUCUCUUCAUCAGUCGACGCCCUCGCUAUUGAACCCAUUUUUGUCAUCUCUACCCCUUUCUAUCCCCUCAUCCCUGUAUACUGCUCUCGAAGUAAUCCAGCCCUUCAUACGAUGUGUAACACCGUACAACCCAUCAACACCACGUCAAUCGGCACUGGCAGUAACAUUGACUUUAAACCUCACUGGCACAUUAAACACAGCCAGUGUGGCGCUGUCCCAGGGUGGCAUUGAUACUGUAAAGGGUCUGCUUGACAUACCUGCUGAGGCCGGCUAUCGCGCAUUUGACGUCUUCUACUACCUGCUAACAUCAGCAUCAACUCCAGCUGAAAGGGAGUUUUUGGGUCUUAAGUCCGCCUCUACUUAUUCACUAUUGGCUAGAUCCGGGACCUAUAACCCCCCUUCCUAUCUUCCCACGGCCGACGAUGGCGCUGCGGCGGAUGACUUCCGCACUGCCCUAAAAGAAAUUGGUAUCAAGGGCGCAGCUCAUCGCAACUUCAUCUCAACCCUGGCUGGACUUCUGAAACUUGGCAACACUCUGGAUUACAACGUUGACGAUGAUGUUCUUGAUGAUGUUUGUGAAGACGUUGGCGGGUUACUUGGCCUUGACCCUGAAGUCUUGGCACGGCAAUGCACAACGGAUGAUCGACGAACUUUAGUAGGAGGAUUAUACGAAGCUCUAGUUGACUGGGUAGUCACCAAGGCAAAUGAAGCGAUUGCUCUUCAAAUGUCCCGUAUACGAGACGGACAGGAGUCCCUUGACGGACAUAGAACACCUACUUCAGAGGAGAAUGGCGACACUGUUUGUAUUACCGUGGUCGAAAUUCCGGAUCCCAACCUGGGCAAAGCUAUUGCUAUGCGAGGCAUUUUCGAUGACAGCUUAGGAAUUAAUGCCGAAAUGAAAGAGGAUGGAGUGGAUGUAGUGGCUGUGGGAAGCUCGGUUCUACGAGAGACGCAGAAUGCCGUUGCAGAGGUCGGACCCGAUCUAGGUAUUAUGACUGGCCCAGUUGGACGAGCAAGGCAACACGAACUUGAGAAGAGAGAAGAAAUCCUGGAGAAGGCUGGCUUCGCUAGUGACGAGGAUGGUUUCUUGAAGAAACUGCUCUUUCCUGUUCCUGGUCAGGGUAUCAACCUAGGCCAAAAUGCGCGAUUAGAUCUCCCCGCUGUUCUAGGCGCUUCCCGUGUGUGGUAUCAUUUGUCAAUUCAUCCCACCGACGAAACCCCCGCGAGUCUAGCAGCCCUGCCUUCGAUUACGUCAGCUUGGUCCGCUGGCACGGUCUCUCGCCAACUACGUGCCUGGAGACUACCGGAGUGGGCUAAUCGCCGAAACAAGAACUUGGAUUUCACCGCGGAUUUUGACCUGGACGAGUUUUCCCAACGAUUCGCUCCUCUAGGAUGCAGGGAAGGCCGAGAUGGCAUCGAGACCUGGAUCCUCGAGAGAGGAUGGAGCAACGGUGAAGUAGUCAUCGGCAAGGAAAGAGUUUGGAUGCGCGAGACUGCCUGGUGGGAGGCCGAAAGCAUGCUUGACCUAAAGCCUGCUCAUGAUCCUAUGGGCGGCGGCAUGGGUAGCAUGUUUAGCACUCCUGGCCUCGAAAGGGGUUUCCCUAACGAAGGGAGCGGGUUCUUCCCUCCUCACAUCCCCGACCAUAACUCAAACAGUAGUCGGGAUCAGCUUCUGAAUCACCAGCGCAACCAAAGCCAGCUCACCUUUGCGCAGAGCCAGAUGAGAGCGCCAUCGGUUUCUCCCUCUGCUAUGCGUAAUGCUUCUAACGGUGAUUAUGGUCUUGGGUCAAAGGGAGAUCAGCAUCGCGAACAGCUCUACUAUACCCCUGACGGUGAAUUUAUCGGCAACCUCGAUGCUGCUGACGCAAAAGGCAAGCAUGUUGAGACGACCGAACAAACCACAACUCGCCGCCUUUGGGUUGGUUUUGUCUGGGCUCUUACUUGGUGGAUUCCUUCCUUUGCCCUUACCCAUAUUGGACGAAUGAAGCGACCAGACGUCAGGAUGGCUUGGCGAGAAAAGUUUGUCCUAGUCUUCAUCAUCUUGUUACUCAAUGCCUUCAUCGUGUUCUGGAUUAUCGUCUUGGGGCAGCUCAUCUGUCCGAACUUCGACAAAGCUUGGCUACAGACGGAAGUUGCUACCCACCAAGGUCAAGACGAUUUUUGGGUCAGUAUCCAUGGAAAAGUCUACGACAUCACAAAAUUUUGGCGACUGCAGCAUAGUGAUACCAAUAUUGAGACGACGAAUGAUCUCAUGGAACAGUUUGCCGGCUUAAACUUGGACGAGUACUUUGUAGCUCCUCUUCCGCUUACUUGCCCCGGCCUGGGUAUCUCUGAUACCAUACAGCUCACCAAGAACAACACUCCUACCUUGCCUCAGGGUGUCCAUACUUCUGGUUAUUUCCAACCCGAUCAAACAAGCAAGUUACGAUCUGCCACCUGGUACCGUGAUACUUUUCAGCCGAAGAUCAAGGAAUACUAUCAUGGUGAUCUAGUCUGGAAUGCUCAAAAUGUCAAGGAUGAUGGCACGAACAACAAUCACAUGUGGGUUACCUACGAAGGUAGUAUUUACGAUCUAACGGACUAUUUCACAACGAUCGACUACUACAAGGAUCUUGCUCAGUACAACUUCUUGGACACGGAUUUGACCGAUGCAGUUUCAGACAAUCCAGGACAAGAUGUUACGACCCUCUGGAAUAAUGCAAUUGCCGACGCCAAGGGAAACGCUACAGACACUGCCCUCAAGUUGAACAGUCUCAACUGUAUCAAGGAAACCUUCUACGUUGGUAUACCUGACUUCCGUUACUCGGCUAAAUGUCAAGCAAACAACUAUAUUCUUCUGGCCUUCUCCAUCGUCAUCUGUUCAGUCAUCGUGAUUAAGUUCCUUUCGGCGUUGCAAUUUGGCUCUAAACGACGACCCGCGCCACAAGAUAAGUUCGUCAUUUGUCAAGUCCCGGCUUAUACCGAAGGUGAAGAUUCCUUGAGGAAGGCACUGGAUUCUCUUACCGCGCUACAAUAUGACAACAAGAGGAAGCUUAUCUGCGUUAUCUGUGACGGCGUCAUCGUUGGUCAGGGUAACGAUCGACCUACACCAAAGAUCGUUUUGGACAUCCUCGGUGUUGAUCCCAAGGUCGACCCGCCGGCUUUGCCUUUCAAAUCUGUCGGAACCGGCAGCGAACAACUCAACUACGGCAAGGUUUACUCUGGUCUAUACGAGUAUGAAGGCAAUGUGGUUCCCUACAUUGUUAUCGUUAAAGUAGGCAAGGAAUCGGAACAAUCUAAGGCUAAGCCUGGUAAUCGCGGCAAGCGUGACUCUCAGAUCUUGUUGAUGAGCUUCCUGAACCGUGUCCACCACCGUGCUCCAAUGAACCCUCUUGAGCUCGAAAUCUUCCACCAGAUCAACAAUAUUAUUGGUGUCGAUCCCGAGCUAUACGAAUAUCUCCUGAUGGUUGAUGCUGAUACCUGCGUACGGGAAGACUCUCUCAAUCGUCUUGUUGCUGCCUGUGCAAACAACUCGAAAAUUGCUGGUAUUUGCGGUGAGACCGGAUUGCAAAACGAGCAGCGUUCAUGGUGGAGUAUGAUCCAGGUUUACGAGUACUUUAUCUCUCACCACCUGGCAAAGGCUUUUGAAUCUCUAUUUGGCAGCGUUACUUGUCUUCCUGGAUGUUUCUCCAUGUACCGUUUGCGCACUGCUGACAAGGGAAAACCGUUGAUCAUUUCCGACGGCAUGAUCAAGGAUUACAGUAUCUGCAACGUUGACACCCUGCACAAAAAGAAUCUGUUGUCUCUUGGUGAAGAUCGAUACCUGACAACGCUCAUGACAAAGCAUUUCCCUUACAUGUCGUACAAGUUCAUUCCCGAUGCUUAUUGUCAAACUGCUGCCCCCGAAGAGUGGAGUGUCUUGCUUUCACAGCGACGACGAUGGAUCAACUCAACCAUUCACAACUUAGCCGAACUCAUGUUGCUCAAAGACAUGUGUGGUUUCUGCUGUUUCUCUAUGCGUUUCAUCGUCUUCAUCGAUCUUACCGGAACGAUCAUUCUUCCUGCCACCUGUGUUUACCUGGGUUACCUUCUUUACAGAGUCAUUACCCACACUGGUCCGCUCCCUCUCGUUUCCAUCAUUAUGAUUGCUGCAGUCUACGGUCUUCAGGCUCUAAUCUUCAUCCUUAAGAGACAAUGGCAACACAUCGGAUGGAUGAUUAUCUACCUUCUGGCCUUCCCCGUCUACUCGUUCAUUCUCCCGAUCUACUCCUUCUGGAACCAGGACAACUUCUCAUGGGGUAACACACGUAUCGUCAUUGGUGAGAAAGGUAAUAAACAGGUGGUUGCAGUGGACGAUGAAGGCUUUGACCCCAGAUCUAUCCCAUUACAACGAUGGGAUGACUACGCUGCGUUGAACAACUUGCCCGGUCGCCGUGGCAUGCACAGCGAAAAGGGAAUGGAGUACUACGACGAUCAAUAUGAGAUGGACGACAUGAAAUCCGUCUAUUCUUCCGUCCGACAGCCCUCAGUUCUUACUGGUCUCCAGGGCCGUGGCGGAUACAUGCCGCCUCACUCGCCUGCUCCAUUCCAGAACAUGCGACAAUCCGCAUAUGGCCCAUACACUGACAACCCUGCCCACCGACAAUCUACUGCCUCAUUUGGUGAUGUCAAGCGUAUGCAAUCCCCUUACCCAGAUGCACCGAACCACCAACGUAGUAUGAGCAACCUUCGCGCGGUAUCGAACAAUUCACCACAAUUCGACAUGCACCGUGCUUCCAAUGCUACUCUCGGCUUCGCUGGUGGUGCUCGCCCGCCAUUAGGCCAAGGUCAUCAGUCCACCACGUCCUUCGACUUUCAACGAGGUCACAUGGGACCUGACGAUGGCAUGAUCAUCGAAGCAAUCCAAUCCGUGCUCCGAGAGGUUGACCUCGACACGGUAACCAAGAAGCAAGUCCGUGCUCUGGUCGAGCAACGGCUACACACAGAAUUGUCGGGCGAGCGGAGGACGUUCCUGGACCGCCAUAUCGACAACGAGUUGGCUAACAUGUAAUCGUCGCUUCGUCGUUUCGCGACUCCUAAUCUAGGAUAAAAAUUUGGAGGACUAAUCUGGAAAUCUGGAUGUACAUAUAAUAAAGAAAACACAGGCUGAUCAUGUUUGAUAUGAACAAAUGGCAAUGUUUUUUUUGGGAGGGUCUGGGAUCGUCCCCCAAAAAGAAUCAUGUCGUAAGUAGUUUGGUGUCAAAGAGAAGAAAAGAGUCACAUGUAAUUCCGCGGCGUCGACGUUAUUUCAGACCCCCGAUCGUUCAUUUUUUUUUCGGUUUUAAGGAUGCGGGGAUUAUCGGUUGGCCGGAUUAUAUCUUUUAUAAAGUGCGCUUGCA